GUUUUUGUUUUACGACUUGAGAAAUUUACGACUACGAAGUGGAAGUACGUAAAAGUAGGAUUAAAUUGGAUAUUAAAAAAUAUCUCGUGAGAAAAUGCAUCCUGAAUUGAAUUUAGUUCGUCCAGGAUUGAGAUGAUAACAGAAUGUAUUCAUUUCGAACUUUUUAAUAUGACUCAACGAAUAAUCUCAUCGGUGAGUGAUAACAUUGAAUUUUCUGAUAAUGGGAAAUUGCCUAAAAGGAACUUCGAACGAAGACAUAUCAUUGCUUAGGGGAAACGAAGGAUUACAGGAAAACACCAAUGAAGCAGUACAACCAAUACCUUACAGGGAUCGAGUACCUGUAUAUUAUCCUGCUCCGAACGACAGACGACCAGCGAAUCAACUUUCUGAAGAAGAACAGGUGAGAAUAGCUCGCCGAAUCGGUCUAAUGGAACAUCUUCCAAUUUUAGCUUACGACGACUCGAUCAAUAAAAACAAAGAAUGUGUUAUUUGUAUGAUUGAAUUUAAAAUUGGUGAAGAAGUUCGUUAUCUGCCCUGUAUGCAUGUUUACCAUGUACUCUGUAUAGAUGAUUGGUUAAUGAGAAGUUUCACUUGUCCUUCUUGCAUGGAACCAGUUGACGCUGCUCUACUUACGUCUUAUGACACGAAUUAGUCGGUUUUUGUGAAUUUUUUUUUGCUUGUUUCUGUGAUCAUUUCUUCCUUUAUAUUUUCGCUACCUUUUAUUUUAUAAACCUAUUUAAAAUAAUAUUCAGGGUAGUCAUUAAACAAAUCAAACCCCCUAUCUUCAUUUUAGAAUUGACUGUUUUCGAAAAAAAAAUCUACUCACACUAUAGUGUCAAAAAUGAUAUUCGAUUGUUGCGGUAUUAACGAUAAAAUAUCUAAUAUCAAUUAACGAGUACAUUUAAGCGAUUUAAUUUAUUAUUACACUACUACAACGUAAGAUACUUUUUUUUAUUAGUGUAGUCAUUCGAGUAACUGCCUAUCCUCAUUUAUGGAAAAUUCAAAAAACACACAUAGAUGUGUGCUAAUUUUAUACACUCGAUUUUUUUGCAUCCGGAAUUCGUAAUUUAUAAUACCAGUGCGACGAUUUUUUACACCUGAAUGACGUCACUUGUAACAUCAAUUAUGGUAGAAUUUAAGUAUUAUUGUACUUUUAAGCUGGUAAAUUUUUUUGAAUGUAGUUAGAGCUAUGUGCUUAUAUUUAUUACGUGGAGUGCGAAUAUCUCUUCUUUAAAUUAUAUGUUCCAUUGAAGCAUCCUUUGUAAUACGUAUCCAUUUGAAUCAGUUUAUAGAAAUCUGUUUCAACAAUCGUUCGCCUUUAUUGUUUUGUAAACAUCAAUGAACGAAAAUACUUUCAAUUACAUACAUGAAUAAUUCAUCUCAAAAUAAUAUCUCGAUUUGAUACUCGUUUGGCAGCUCACGUCUGUUAUGAAGGAUGCUUCAAAGAAACCCAGAUUUUUAAAAAUCGUCUCUUUAUAUGACAAACUUAGGUAUAUAUGUAUUUUGACAGCAUACUAUUUUUUUUAAAAAGAUGUCAAGAUGGCACAGCUGGCUGUGGUGUAAUCGAUUAAAUAUUACGUCAGCUGAAACUGUUCGGAUCUCAGAUAAACUCUCUGAAGUCAUACAUGUGCAAUCGAUUCCAUUACAGAAUGUUGAUUUUUAUGUACGAAUUUUUUCGUAUCAGUGAAUUUUUCUACGCGGUUAACCGCGUGUAUCCUUGGCGAAAUGGUGGUCUAGUCAUCAGAUAGGAUGGAUUCUGUAUGAGAUUUUUUUAUUACGGAAUAGUAAAUAGUUGCUGUAUAUUUUCACUUUUUUCUACGUUUUACUACAUUAUUUCUUAAUGAGUAUAAAUUUAUUAAUGAUUUUCUUAUUUUAAUAUUUUUCAUGUUUAAGCAAAAUAUAUAUUUUGAAACUACA